ACACACACAAAGCCUCACAACCAAAACAGAUACAUAACAUAUCACUAUUAAAACUAAACAAACAAAAAAACAAUGAAAUUUGUGGUGAGUGUUUACCUUAUACUAUGUUUUGCCACCUCCAUUUUCAUUGUGAUGGCAAUAGUACAAAGAACACAACAUAUAUUUGGCAGUGAUGAAUACUAUGUUCGUGUGAUGAAUGGCUUCACAAAUAAUUCCUCUGUUCCAUUAGUCAUUUGGUGUUCAUCUGAGGAAGUUGAUCUUGGUGGUCGUGCUUUGCAAGAGCAUGAUGAAUUCAGCUGGAUCAUGAGGCCCAAUUUCUGGAGCAGCAACUAUAUGAAGUGUACUAUGAAAUGGGAUAAGACAAGAAAGAGUUUUGAUGCAUUUAAGGUUUCUAGAGAUACAGAACGUUGUGGUCCACAUAGGUUAUGUUCUUGGAGAGUGACACAAGAUGGAUUUUAUUUUAGUAAUGAUGAAGUGAAUUGGAGGAAGGAUUUCAUAUGGUGAGUGUGAAUGUGAAUCAUGUGAUGAUUCCAAGGUUUUCUCCUAGCUUGGAUUCACCAAACCAUGUAUGUUAGUUCUACACUAGCGAGACUCUGAUAAUCUUAAGUUCAGUCGAAAGUUCAAUGAAAUUUGUCUAAGAAUUGUUUGUGCUACAAUUCAAACCGGUUAUAGUUAGUAAUAUGUUCCAAGAUAUGUGAGAAACUUUGCAUAAUUAUAACAGGGUUUAUGCUUCUUAGUAAGAUCAAAUAAAUGUUUACUUCAAACAUAAUGUCUUAAAAAAAUUAUCACUUAAAGAUAUUUUAGUA